GCGCGUCCAAAUCGAGAAUUGGAUUUUCGCGAAAAAUUUCGAUUCCAUCUUUAACUGCAACUACCAUGGCGCCGCUCUCUCAUCCCUCUAUCCAAGAUGGCUGGUUCCGUGAGAUCUCGUCGCAAUGGCCUGGCCAAGCGAUGACCUUAAAGGUGAACAAGAUCUUGCACGUCGAAAAGUCCCUGUACCAGGACGUUUUGGUCUUCGAGUCAGAGACAUUCGGAAAUGUCCUGGUUCUUGAUGGAGUCAUCCAAUGCUCGGAGCGUGAUGAGUUCUCAUAUCAGGAAAUGAUUGCACAUCUUCCAUUGAACAGUCAUCCCAACCCUGAGAGGGUGCUUGUCAUCGGUGGCGGUGAUGGUGGAGUUGUCCGUGAAGUUUUGAAGCACGCCUCGGUCAAGGAGGUCGUUCUGUGCGAUAUCGAUGAGGCUGUCAUCCGAGUGUCCAAGCAGUACCUUCCCCACAUGUCGUCUCUGCUGUCGUCUCCCAAGGUCACUGUAUUUAUUGGGGACGGUUUCAAGUUCUUGGCGGAGCACGAAGGCACCUACGAUGUCAUCAUCACCGACUCGUCAGACCCUGUUGGUCCCGCGGAGUCCCUCUUCCAAAAGCCGUACUUCCGGCUUCUCCACGACGCUUUAGCCCCUGGUGGCAACAUCUCUACUCAAGGAGAAUGUCUUUGGCUACACCUCCCUCUCAUUUCUGAGCUCAGGUCAAUGACUCUCGGAAUUUUCCCUGUCUCCGAGUACGCGUACACAACCAUCCCCACCUACCCUUCCGGUCAAAUAGGCUUCAUAGUCUGUUCCAAGGAAGCUGGUCGUGACUUGAGCAAGCCGCUUCGCAAGCUCAGCGAUACAAGGUACUACAACGAUGCUAUCCAUGCAUCUGCGUUCGUCCUCCCUGAAUUUGGUCGCGUCCUUCUGUCCGAAGGAAAAAACAUCCAGCCCAAGUUUGGCCGCGAAGCUCUUGCGGUUGCUAACGCGAACAAGCCCACCAAGAAGAUCCUUCUUCUGGGAAGCGGCUUCGUCGCGCGUCCUUGCGCGGAAUACAUCGUCCGAAAUCCAUCCAACUAUCUCACCAUUGCUUGUCGAACUCUCGAGAGAGCCAAGUCCUCUCGCACUCCUGACCUCGAAGCUCAAGUUGCAGCUCAUGAUCUUGUUAUCUCCCUUAUUCCUUAUACCUUCCACGCUGCUGUCAUCAAAGCUGCCAUCAAGGGUAAGACCAACGUUGUCACCACCAGCUAUGUCUCUCCAGCCAUCCAAGCCCUUGACGAGGAGGCCAAAGCUGCCGGUAUCAUCGUCAUGAACGAAAUCGGUUUAGACCCUGGUAUUGACCACCUGUACGCCGUCAAAACCAUCAACGAGGUCCAUGCCAAGGGCGGAAAAAUCAAGCAGUUCCUAUCUUACUGUGGUGGUCUGCCUGCACCUGAGUGUUCAGGCAAUCCGUUAGGAUACAAGUUCUCGUGGUCGUCCCGUGGUGUGCUACUCGCUCUGCUCAACUCGGCGUCAUACUACUCCGAGGGCAAGCGGUUGGACAUUGCUGGGAAGGACCUGAUGGGUUACGCUAAGCCGUACUUCAUCACCCCUGCGUUCGCGUUCGUCGCGUACCCCAACAGAGACUCGACGCCUUUCCGCGAGUUCUACAACAUCCCGGAGGCUGAGACUGUUGUGCGUGGAACGCUCCGGUACCAAGGAUUCCCAGAGUUUAUCAAGGUGCUGGUUGAUCUUGGUUGGUUGGACGCUUCAGAGAAAGACUGGCUUAAGGAGAGCUUGACCUGGGCGGAAGUCAUGCAGAAGACCAUCGGUGCUGACAGCGCGAGCGAAAGCGCUCUAAUCACACGUAUCAAAUCGCUGUGCACCUUCCCUGACGAGUCAGAGGCUACCCGCAUCAUCUCCGGCCUGAGAUGGAUAGGUCUCUUCUCUUCGGAGAAAGUCAAGCCUCGUGCUGGAAACCUUCUCGAUACGCUCUGUGCACAGCUCGAGGGAUUAAUGAAGUACGAACAGGGCGAGCGGGAUCUUGUCAUGCUACAGCACAAGUUUAUCGUUGAGUGGCAAGACGGGAAGCAGGAAACUCUCACGUCGACGCUGGAAGCUUACGGCAGCCCCGUUGGCCACUCUGCGAUGGCGCUUACGGUCGGGUUACCCUGUGGUAUUGCGACGCAGCUAAUCCUAGAAGCUGAGGGUCUGGGCCUCGUUGAGAAGGUUUUGUAAAGAUAGAUAAAGAGAAGAAGUAUUAAAAAGACCCUACAUUGAGCAGGUGUAGCGCUUAUCGCCUUCGGCUAGAACAACUGACUAUUUUUGUACCAUCAUGACUCGUUCAUUCGUCAAGCUGCGCAGUGCACUG